AUGCUUAUGUACCCACGUAAGGGUCUCAUCACCGAUCCCUACAACGCAGAGGACAUCAUCAUACAAGACGACCAAUACCCACUUGAUUUCUAUUCCGAGAACGUCUUGAAUUGCGCUGAAGCUCGUCUGCAAUCACCGUUCGAGUGCCACCCCACUGUACAGCUCUCCCCGCCAUCCUCUGUACCUUCCUCGCCUGCUUUCUCUUCUCCGACGUUCUCAAUUUCCUACCCACAGACAUCUGAUUGUCAGUCUUUCGGGGCUCCUUCGAUGACCCCGUCGCAUUCCUACAACCCGUCAUUCGACAUCCAGGGUUCCAAUUCGCCUUCGCACUACCUACCUCAAUAUCCUCAGCAAUAUUAUACCCCGAUGUUGGCGCAACAGCCUCUUGCAAGCAGCCAGGGUUGGGACAGCAACUUGCAGUUGCUAAGCCCUGCGCGCAUCCAUUAUCCUGGUAUUCAAAAGCGAUCCUCGCCCUCGGUAUCAUCGCGCUCAGUUCCUUCGGGCUUGGCAGCCAACAACUACCACCGCCGGUCCCACAGCUCCAACAAGCCAUUGCCCACCCCGGUGCAAACUCCCAUUCAGAACUCAUUCCUUGCGACUCCCUUCCAGAACUUCGAUCCCUCAUCCCAAGAUGGUCACAGUGCUGAGGCCGAGUCUGCGAUGAGAAAGGCGAUCAUGGACCAGCAGAAGCAGUCCCCUUCACAACAGCUGCAGAGCGAGUACUCGCUAGCUCCCUCUGUGUCAACAAUGAGCCACAAUUCACCAGUGACCCCGCAAACAAGUCUCGAUGAACUCGAUAACGCAUCCAAGUCGAUGAGCAAUGGUGAGACUCGAUUUCCUGAGGUUGAUCGGUGGAUGGACCAAUACUUACGUUUCGAUGCACCCCCAGAAUAUAACACUGCCAAUGGUGCCAUGUCAAUGGGAAUCCCCAAGUUGGACAGAACUAUUUCCGAUAUUUACCAAGACGAACUGUACAACCCCGCUAUGAUGGCCACGCCCCAGGUGUCCAAGCCGAUGGGACAGAACCUCAACCCGCGCAACUUUAUCGCCGAUCGUCUGCAAGCUGCCAACCAAGGACACAUGUCUGCUCGCUCGCAAUCGCCCGCUAACAGACGGGAUCGCUCACCCUUCCGUCCUUCUUCCCCAUUCGCGGGUGACCUUGGUAACAACGCUCUUCAGCAGCCUCCGAUGGCCACCAGCAUCCCCAUGGGACAAAAUGGAAUGAACAGCAUGAGCAUGAGCCAGACCUCCAACACUGGAGAUAUCAAGACUAUGUCCCCCAAGGAUGCAGUUUUGGAUUUCCACGAUGGAGAUGACUCCAUGCCUCCUCUCUUCCCCCCAACCCAGGCUGAUUUCAACUUGGGUGAUGCACUUGGCUUGCAACGCGAUAAUGGCUCAAUGCGACCGAUGGAAACAUUCCCUCAAUAUACAUCCUCCACCAUGUCACAACCACAGUUCGCAUUCUCCCAACCUCAGAUCCAUCGCCCUCAAAGCAACCUUCUGCAGCAGAAUGUCGAGUUCCCCUCACUUCCGGGAGUGGAGUCUACCGAGACUACGCCGCAGAGCCAGGUCAACAUGCCGAUUACAGAGGGUAUCUCCCGCCCCGCCGAUACAUCAUCAGAUACCGGCACCUACACUUGCACCUAUCACAAUUGCACAUACCGCUUCGAAACUCCCUCCAGACUUCAACGACACAAGCGCGAGGCACACCGACAAACAACACCGGGUGGCCACUUAGUCAGCCGCGACGCCUCGCUACGCAAUUCCCAGGCUGGACCGCACAAGUGCGAACGCAUCAACCCGUCUACAGGCAAAGCAUGCAAUUCCAUCUUCUCUCGGCCUUACGAUCUUACACGACAUGAACAUACCAUCCACACCGCCGGGAAGCAGAAGGUGCGCUGUCAUAUUUGCAAUGAGGACAAGACCUUCAGCCGAAACGAUGCUCUGACGAGGCACAUGCGUGUGGUUCAUCCCGAAAUCGACUGGCCAGGCAAGCAGCGCAGGAGAAGAGACUGA